AGAUGGCGUCCAAAGAAUAAACGAUCUCCUAACAGACUUAAGUCGUACCCGACUAAAUCAAAUUUUGUUCGUCGAAAUAUGUCAGAAGUUUCGGCUGAGACUCUCGAAAAGUUCUGUUCUGUCACCGGUUCAUCUCAGGUAGAUAUAGCAAGACAGUUACUACAAGUUUGCAAUGGAAAUUUAGACAUGGCAAUAGGUAUGUACAUGGAAAACAUGGAUUCAACGAAACCAGGAUAUUCGGGUGGGCCCUCACCGGAAGAAACUCCCAAGGAAGAUGAUGAAGAGGAACUGAGACCACCUAUUCCGUCUAAAACUGAAGUACUUCUACCCGGCAGUCCACCAUAUGCUUCUACAAAAAGAUUUCGAAGAAAUGAUAGAAGUUCCGUAUUCGAUGGUUUUAGAGAUUUUCAAGCUGAAAGUCUGGCUUCCAGUACAAAUUCUAAUGGACAAAAAAGACAGACUCUCGAAGAACUUUUCCGUCCUCCUCUUGAUCUUAUUCAUAAAGGACCAUUCUUUACAGCUCGAGAAGAAGGUAAAAAGCAAAACAAAUGGUUGUUGGUUAAUAUCCAAGACGUAACAGAAUUCUCUUGCCAAAUACUCAAUAGAGACGUUUGGUCUUGCCCAAAAGUUAAGCGCAUUAUUCAAAAAAAUUUUAUCUUCUGGCAAGUAUAUCAUGAUAGUCAAGAAGGAUUGAAGUAUAGGCAAUUUUAUCAUUUCAACGAAUGGCCUUACAUUGCAGUUAUUGAUCCUAUAACUGGAGAGAGAAUUGUAGCUUGGAAUAAAUUGGAUGCAAAAUCGUUCUGUGAGUUAGUUGAGGAGCUAUUUGUUAUGCGAGGUUCUAAACCAUCAGAAGAAAAAAAGGGAGACAAUAACCUAUCUGAAUCUAUUAGCAUAAUUGAUAUGAGUGAAGAAGAACAAAUAAAAGAAGCAUUACAAGCAUCUCUACAAGAGACUAAUAAAGUUAAUAAAAUAGAAUAUUUGUCAACGAGCGAAGACGAUGAUGAUAAUAAUAAUGAUGAUGAUGACGACGAAGACAUUACGAAUAAUGAAAAUGACGAUGACUGUAUCGAUGUAACGCCUUGUAAACAGAAAGCCACUAAGAGGUAUCACUCUAGUGACGAGGAAACUAAAAAUAAUGAACCUUCCAAAAAAUUGCAAAAACAAGCAGAACUUUACACAGAUUAUUUUGGUGACGAAUCUGAUGAAAAAUCAAAUAUUGUAUUACGACUUCCAUCUGGUGAGAGAAAAUCUUUGCAACUACCUUGUACAUCAAAAUUAAAAGCUCUAGUUUUAUUUGUGAAAGAGUCAGGAUUCUCUCCAGAGAGUCAUCAGCUUGUCGCAAACUUUCCUAAACGAACUUUUACAGAUGUAGAGAAAACAUUAUUAGAAUUGGGUAUGCAUCCACAUUACACCAUUUUUGUACAGAGUAAUUCGGGUGGGGGAUGA